CUGUCUGUCACUGGUACUUGGGAGCACAGAAGUUGUAAGUUGUGACAUAAUCACACACUGAACCAAUGGGGUGAGAGUAUCAGCUUGAUCUCUCUGGAUGAUGAAUACUGCGUUUUGUCUGUAGUUGUGGUGUUUAAUAUUGCAAAUCUGGCGCACCAAGGAAUUAUGCAUUGCCAGCUUUCUAAUUUCAUCUUUUCUAUUUUGGAACCAGGCCACGGUAAUACUCACAUUCGUGCAGCCAAACCCCUGGAAGUAUUUUUGAAUGCAUGCACACACACACGAACACACACACACACACACGCACAUGCACACACACACACACACACACACACUAAUCAGAGGCGUCACACUCGCAGAGGACGGAGUCAUCCAACUGUGGUCAACAACAGAAACGAGACAUUCCUCACUUCGGGGUGUUCAACGGUCGCUGAGCAGCGCGGACGGGUCGGACACGUUCCUUGGUGCUUUGAGGUCAGAGUGAGCGGUGCGCGGCGCAACAGAUGCCGCGCGGAGAAAUAAGCCUUUAAUACCCCCAGGACUCGGGAAAGGGUAACAACACUCAACUCACAAUGCGGACUUAAGUGAAACCCCCUCACGCAACUCACCCGUACCCGGCUCCAGUGGUGUCCUGUGCGUCGCGGCUGCUCAGGAGCGAUCUCACCUUUACGCACGGAACGGCGCUUAAAGAACGGUGUUUUUUUGUUUGUUGUGGGUGACGUCUACCGGCAUCCUCGGCUACAUCCACCUGUUUCAGAGGUAGAGCCAGUCUCAUGGCACACUUGUCCAUGUGUGGUUUCAUGGAGCCAGGUGAACGAUACAUUUAAGUGACCGAUACAACCGUGGAAUAACACGAGUGGACCGCUUUUACCGUCAUGCCACCCAAGAAGAAGGGAGAGCGUCAGGAUUCGGAUGUCGUCGAGGAAAGAAACGCCCAGGUGCAGCUGGAGAAGGCCAAGUACAAGCCUGUUGCAUUCGCCGUACGUUGCAACUUCUCUUACACUCCAGCAGACGACGACAACGUCCCCGUCCCGGGCCAGGCUGUCACCUUCGAGGCCAGAGACUUCCUGCACGUCAAAGAGAAGUUUAACAAUGAGUGGUGGAUCGGACGGCCGGUGAAGGAGGAUGGUGUGGUGGGCUUCAUCCCCAGUCCAGUCAAUCUGGAAACCAUUCUCAUCAGAAGAGAAGUCCAGGCGAGGAAAGCUGCCAAGGCCUUAGCCAACAAAGCAUCCUCUCAACCAGCUCAAGAUAUGAACUCAAAGAAAUACACUCCUCCAUCACAAGCCAAUCAGCAAGUGAAAAAGAAACCGGGGGAACAGGUGGCUAUGUAUGAUGUAGUGCCUACAAUGCGUCCUGUGGUUCUUAUGGGGCCAUCACUGAAGGGCUUAGAUGUUACAGAUAUGAUGCAAAAAGCACUAUUUGACUUUUUAAAACAUCGAUUUGAAGGCAGGAUCACUAUCACGCGAGUCACAGCAGACAUCUCUCUUGCUAAACGGUCCAUCCUCAACAACCCUGGCAAAAAGGCCUUAAUGGACCGGUCCAACACCCGCUCCAAUUUAGAUGCUGCCGCCCAGAUCCAGGGGGAGGUGGAGCGUAUCUUUGAGCUCGCACGCAGCCUGCAGCUGGUUAUUCUAGAUGCCGACACCAUCAAUCACCCUCUCCAGGUGACUAAGACCUCCCUGGCUCCAAUCCUCGUCUACGUCAAGAUCUCCUCGCCAAAGGUGUUGACCAGACUGAUCAAGACAAGAGGGAAGUCUCAGACCAAGCAUCUCAACGUUCAGCUGGUGGCAGCAGACAAGCUCGCCCAGUGUCCGCCGGAAAUGUUUGAUGUCAUCUUAGAUGAAAACCAGCUAACGGACGCUUGUGAGCACAUCGCCGAUUAUCUGGAGUCCUACUGGAGAGCCACUCAUCCACCAGAAAUGGAGCCUGCCAACCCACUGGUGGCCCAGCUGGCCGAGAACACACUGCCCACCCAUCCUACAGGAACACCGGAUGAGCAGAAAAACAAAAAGUCAGCAGCCCCAAAGAGGAAGGGUUCCCGUGAGAACCACCUAGACGAAGACCCCCCUUCUGCCCAGGCUCAAGAGCAGAGGGCUGAGGAGGGCGAAGGAGAGGAGGAAGAGCGGCUCCUGAGGACUGAACCAAAGAGACCCCAGCACACCCACCACCAUCACCAUCACCACCACCACCGCCGGAUGGAGCACCACAGUCACACCCAACACAGCCAAACACCCGGUGGCAUGGAAGUUCAGUCGAGCAGGGAGUAUAGCCAGAGGCUUCCCCGCAGGCACCCGCACGAGGACAGGGAGGAGGAGGUGGAGGAUCUGGUGGAGGAGGACGAGGAGGAGGUCCGUUAUAACCACCGGGGCCAUAACCACCACCAUCAUAACAGCAACCACCACCAUCACCACCACCACCAUCAGCAUCACCGCGGGAACAGUCAGCCACACGUCGAAGAAGACUAUGAGCAGGAGCACAAUGAACGCAAUCGCCAGCAAAGGCAUCACCAGCCAGUUCCACCACGGACGCACCAAGCGGAUCACUAUCCUGUACACAAUCAUCACAACUACCACCAUCACCACGGCAGAGACAGAGACAAAGACAAAGACAGAGACAGAGAAAGACACAAGGACAGGGAAAGAGACAGAGAGAGGGAUCAAGGUCGAGAGAGAGACAGAGAUGCAAGACAAUGGCACAGAGAUUCUUAUACACACUCUUGACUGUUGUCUCCCUCCUGUGGAUUGGUGCAUGGUUUUAAUGCUGCUCAAGUUAUAAUGCACUACGGGACAGGACAGAAUGUGUCAUCUUUUUAGAAAAUGUUUCUUCUCAUAUUGUUUGCCCAUUUGUACCCUCUGCCACAUGCACACACUCUGUCACCUUUUUUUUCCUUUUUCUUUGCUCAAAAGUGUUUAGCUCUUGCAGGAUAUGAGUUUUGUCUCCGAGUCUUUUCAUCUAAUUCAUUUGUCUCUGUGUGUGUUUUUGCACAGACAUUGUUCAAGAUUAAUUUGCAGUGGUUCGUCCAGGACAUUUUAUUUUGUCUAUUAAAAUGUCAGAAAAUAGUGAAAAUUAAGGACAGUUCACUAUCAUUUAUGACAAAAAAAACAUUAUAGUCACACAUUGGAGAAGCUAGAACCAGCAAAUGUUUAUGUUUAAUAUCUGAAAAGAUUAUUGAAUUAUCAGUUUGUUGAUAUUUUUCUGUUGAUCGAUUAAUUGACUAAUUGUUACAGCUCAGUUGUAAAUUGUUUAAUUUUACAAUGCAAAUGUAUGGGAGCUGAGAACAGUCAUUGUUACAAUUAGUUAACUGACCAAUUAUUGGAGAUUAAGAAGACAUUUUCUUCUAGUUUCAAUAAAACAUUGUGUCUUAACAGAAAACAUUAUUGGCAUGAAACAACUGGUGACAACAAUUUUUGAGAUAUCUACUCUCAGGAAAAAUAUUGUUUUCCAAAAUAAAAUAAUAUGAUAAUAAUGAUAACAGAAUUAUCCUGUAUAGUGUGAAAUAAUUAUUUAAAUAAUUAAAUAAUCGUUUCAUCUAUUUUUCUAGCAAAAAAAACAAACAUUAUCUGAUUUCAGCUUCUCAAAUGUGAGGAUUUGCUGCUUUUUAUCAAUCUUUUACUAUCAAACAUUGCAAAUCUUGUUUUUGGGCUGUUUGUUGCUGAAAACAAGUGAUGAUAGCAUAUUUGUCACUAUUAUUGACUUUUGAUAUCAUACAUAUUAUAUUAUUAUCAUUUGUUGCAGCCCAAAACAGGUUAUCAAUUAAUCAACAGGAUGAAACUAAAUUGUCGAAUCAACAUCUGUUCGUUGCUGCAUUGAAUGCAUUUGAUGAUUUCUGUCUCAAGAGAGAGUUACACAAAGGGAAGUUUUGUCUAAUCAAAUGCUCAAAUAACUGCGGGAAUCAACCGAGUUGUGUGUUGGAAACCAGAUGCAUAUCUUCAGAAGUCAACGGUUUAUGUUAAACAUCGGUACUGAAAGUCAAACUAUUUUUCUACUUGAUUCUAAAGGGAAGUCAUACUUUUCUUCCUACUUUUUUAAAAAAGGUGUUCAAUCAUAUUUAUUGACUUGCAUUUGCUCUGUCUGAAAGCAUGAAUACUCUUUUGGUGACACUGACCUGUGCUAUAUGCUGGAUCCUCUAUGCAUCCUCUUGUGAUAAAAAUAUAGUGCUUGAAUACAAUAUCUAUGCAUUUGUACAUACUUCAUAAUUGCCUUGUUAGGUAAAUGUACGGAGAACGCAUUGCCGAAUGCAUUGGUCGAACCUGACCUACUGUGUAUGAUUGUUUUGAGUUGACGAGUUCCUUUCAGUAUUGUUUGUUUUUGUUAUUUUUGUUUUGUACAGCAUUCAGAACUUGAUUUUGACAAAUAUGCAUUAUAUUGUUGAAAAAUCAUUAAAAUGUUAAACAAAGAA